CACGUUUUCAUCAUGGCGAGCAGCAGAGAUAAUACGGUUAAGCGAAAGUUGCUUAAUUUUGAUAAAACUAGUGUUAAAAGUGAUAUUUCCAGUGAACAGGAUGAUAGUUUAUGGGAUAAAGACUAUAUUAAUUCGAGUAGUAGCAGCGAGGACAGCAAUGUUUUCUCUUUAGAGAAUGAAGGCACUACUAGACAUUUACAAAAACAGCCGUUAGGACAAGGCGAAACAACAUACAAUGCAGAAAAACUAUUAAAGCCCAACAUAGACGAAAUCUCGGACAUAGAUAUAUUACUACAAAUGGAAAAAAUCAAAUGCCAAGGACAAUUGCAAGAAUGACUGCAGAAAAUUGCUGAGAUUAGUAGAGAUGGAGAUAAGUAUUUAAAUCAUUCUGGGACCUACAAACAUUCAAUAAACAAAACGUAUAUUUAUUUGGAACAAUCUAAAGUGUUGGUAAAAAACGAGUCUACCCAAAGAAAACAAAA